AUGGCCUCUAAAACUAGCUUCUUUUCAUUUGUAUUUGUUUUCACCAUUUUGUUCACUUCAAGUUGCAUUCAGCUUGGUGCAGCCAUGAGGCCUUUGCACGAGAAGCCAUUGCUGCAGAAUUACUUUCCCGGUCUUGCUCUCUCGGCCCUUAAGCUUGGUAAACCGCCUCAAAUUGUUGGUUCUCCUUGCACAUUCAUCACCGGCGGCAGCGUGGACUUUUUCCGAACUUCAAGAGUGAAGAUACCCCAUGGACAUAUUUUGGGUGUUCUAUUUGGGCAUAAUGUUAAGAACUUAAGAGAAGAUACCCCAUGGACUCAACCCUGCAUUUGUCAUGCAAUUUGUGUUGAAGGUGGCAUUGCAUUGGCGACAGCAACAGCAAUCUUUCAUGGCAUUGACCCAAAAACAUCAUUUCUUAUUUGUAAGGGUUUAUUUUUUGCUUGUUGGAUGUGUGGGAUAUAUACUGGUUUUGUUCGGCAAUCCUUGCAGAAGAAAUAUCAGAUGCAGAACUCACCUCGUGGUCCAUGCAUGGUGCACUGCUGCAUGCACUGGUGUGCGUUGUGCCAGGAGCACAGGGAGAUGAAGAGCCGUCUCUCAGAAAAUAUGGCGAUGCCAAUGACUAUAGUCAACCCUCCCCCUGUCCAAGACAUGAACUCCGCCAGGGAAAACCAGGAUCCCGCAUCAACUUCUGGAAACAACACCACCAAUUUGGAGAUGCAAGCUUUAUAA